AGCAUCUUCAGGCAGUCAUUGAGCAGUGUGCAUCAACAGGAUUACCAUGAUCAAAACAGUCGCUUGUCUCCUAAUGGUCGUAGCCACCUCCCUGGCACAGAGGCGACCACCCAUCCAACCAUACGAUAACGCCAACGUCAUCCCAAUCAUAUCGUAUGUCAACGACAACAACUACGACGGAUCUUACAAAUACAGCUAUGAGACCGGCAAUGGCAUUUCAGCAUCGGAGGAAGGCUUCCUGAAGAACCCAGGCCAGAAGGACCUAGAAGCCCAGACUGCCCGAGGUACCUACUCUUACACAGCUCCUGAUGGCCAGGUCAUCACCGUCAACUGGUACGCUGACGAGACAGGCUUCCACGCAGAAGGAGCUCACAUCCCAACUCCACCUCCAGUUCCAGGAGUACCACAGGCCAACUACCCAAGAGGAAAAUGAUCGAUCUAAUGGACACGACUGAUAUGUUUUGUAUUUUUGUAUAAAAGUUUGUUUUUUGUAAAAUA